CCUUCUGGUUGUGGAGGCAUGGCUUUCGCUUCCAACUCAGCUUUCUCUGGGUUUGGUGCCAAACCAGCACCUGCCACGAACAUUUUCGGCAGUACAACACAACAGCAACCGCAACAACCAGCAUUCGGUUCAUUUGGAGCCCCACAGCAAGGGCAAGCGGCUGCCCCUUCUCUAUUUGGGACACAGAACACGAGCCAGGGAACAGGCGGGGGGUUGUUUGGAGGACAGCAGUCAGGCACGGGCCUCUUCGGUCAAACUACUCAGCAAUCGAGCACCCCCAGUGGCGGAUUGUUUGGUCAGCCUACGCAACAAUCAAACGCCCCUAGCGGUGGGCUGUUCGGUCAAUCCACGCAACCGGCGAACGCCCCUAGUAGCGGACUAUUCGGUCAAAGCACAACUCAGCAGUCAAAUGCUCCUACAGGAGGUCUCUUCGGUCAAAGCACGGCUCAGCAGUCGGGUGCUCCCUCAGGCGGAUUAUUUGGUCAGAACAACCAGCAAUCGUCGACCAACGCCGGUGGCCUCUUUGGUCAGCAACAGCAGCAACAGCCUCAGCAGCAAAAUGCUUUCGGAUCUGGCUCAUUGUUUGGAUCAAAGCCUAAUACAACUCAGCCAUCUACUAGCCUCUUUGGUCAGCCGCAACAGCAGACGGGCGGGCUGUUCGGAAACACGAAUAGCCAAGCGAACCAGCCUGGGCAGGCCGCUUUCGGUGGAUUCAGUUCGACCAAUAACACUUCUGGAUUGAGCUUAUUUGGUCAGAAACCGCAAACUCAACAAACAUUGGGGGUCUCUGCUCUUGGUCAACCUCAGGCGUCGCAACAAGCCGGUGCACCACCAUUCCUCAAAAACACCAAAUUUAACGACCUGCCAGAUAACGUUAAGAAAAUCUUUGAGGGUGUCGAGUCGCAUAUACAGGGUCGCGUCCAAAUCAGUAAGGAGCUCAAAGAGCGUAAAGUGGGAGAUGAGGCGACGAAAGGCCAGGAGCUGAUGUGGAAUACCCACCAGGAGCUCCUUCAGGCGACUGCGACUUUGCAUCAAGAUACUCACUUCACUCGUGACCUGAAAGCUAAGGUUGAACAAGCCGUACAAGAUACCAUCGUCGCAACGCACAUCGUCGAUGCCUUCCGCUCCGUGAGCCAACCACAGAGCGCCGGGUACCUCAAGGUGCACGCUGGCUUCCCACUCGAGCUGUUUACGAGGGUCACAGAGCAAAUGCGAGAACGAUUAAGGUGGUACAAAGCCACGAUAGAGCAAAUUGAGCGCAAAAUCUCCGCAGCCGCGACGAAUGAGUCACAGUAUACGCCGCAAGCCAUAUCGACAACACUUCAAACUCAGCAUGCUACUUUCAUUGCACUCGCGAACAAAACGGCCAUCCUUGACGCCGAACUACAGCGAUUGAAGCAGGCAUAUACACAACUCUGGCGCGCGAGGACAGGCAGUAUGCGAGAUCCCUUCGCCGAUGGCUUCGGGCGGGAUGAUGUUGGGAUCGAUACGCUUGGAUCCGUGCCAGGCAGGUGAAAUUGCCGGGUUACGUUGCGGGUCAACAAAGACAUGCCAAGCACAGACCCAGUCGCGAAACGCGAAGUGGUCCGUCUGAUUGUUCAUAAUGGUGCUCGUUGACUCGCCUAAAUACAGUAUGUACUGCCCGCUUAGUUUUACUUCUCGCGCACAGCGAACUGCU